GGUCGGGUUCAGUCGCCGCCGCUCCGGGGCCUCACGAUCGCGAGUGGCACACAACUUUUUGGUGCAAAUCGCAACUCCGUAGAGGUUAAACUUCGCAGUGACAGUGGCAGUUGAAGCUCAGUAUAAUGACUGGCAGCAUGUCCCCUCAUUGGCUAGCGCUGUGCGUGCUAGCUUCACUCUGCGCGGGCGCCGCGGCUCUGCGGUGCUGGCAAUGUGGACAGUAUAGCGACGGCGUAGGGUCCAUUACGCCUUGCACCAACCACAGCGCGGCCAAGCUCGGCCAGUGCAACAACCAAGCCAAGUAUUGUAUUAAAUACGUGAGCGAGUUGACGGUGGUGCGCGACUGUGUGCCCUCCUGCACUGAGAAAGAGUGGUGGGGCGCGCGCACAUACUGUUGCGACAGUGACGAGUGCAACUCCGGCGCGUCGCUAUCCGCCGGCGCCGCGCUGCUGCUCGCCGCCCUCGGCCUACUCGCCGCGCGCUGACCGACGCGCCUUGCCGACACGCACGCACUAUGCACUAGUUCUAACUGAUCACCGCUGCCGUGCACCACCGCACAUUAGCAAUUUAAGCCACAGUUUCACCAUACUCUGUUAGAUGAUAACGAGGGAAUAGUUGUUGGCUAUUGACAAAUCUGUCAAGUAUUUAAGAUCGAAAUGACGUAUAAAUUAAUGUAACAGGUGUGUUAAUGAUCUAACAGACUAUGGUGAAACUAGGCAUAAACUUUCUCCAAGCAGCAUUAUUUAUCUGUCAAAUGUGUAAUAUUUUUUUAUGGAUUCGACAGAUGUUCAGCAAAUAUGCAAUGUUGCUUAAGGAUUCUUCAUUACUAAUGUGUCGGUGGGGUAAGGAAGUUGUACCUCUAGUGCAAGUUUUGAUAUUUAACACAAAAUGUGGAUUCUUACAUACCAACCAGCACUUUUAGUGGGCUCUCAACUAGGUAUAUGACAGAAGAUGUAUUCAGAUCACAAAAUCAGAUGAAAACGUAAACUAUCGAAACUCAAAACUUACACUACUGAUACACUGAUAACCAUUUAGUUUUUAACUGCGUUGAUUUUGCUGUUUGAUUGCAUUUGAAAAAAGGAUGAAGUAGCAAAAAUUCACGUUGUUUGCUUGUAGAUUAGCAACGAGGCUCGCUGUUAUUGUUUUUGAGCCAGAUAAAUUUUAUAACUAACAUCAGAAUAUUGCUCUAACAUCGAUCACGGUAAUAGCAAAUUUCAUAAUAUGUAAUAAUUAUAUUUUAUUUACAUAACACGUAUUUAAUAGGUUUUUUUAAAAGCUUAUCGUGGAUGAAGUUGAAAAAUUUAUGAUAAAAAUAAACGAGGGCUGAGUAAACGAUAUUGAAUCGAUUCAAGUGUAAUUAACGCUUCAUUCGGUUGUUAAAACCAUAGAAACCAGACAUAAUUGUAAAACGUUGAGAUAUUUAG